UAUGCUAUUAGUAUGUAUGCUAUAUGCCAUUAGCAUGUAUGCCAUAUGUAUGUAUGCCAUACAUACCGUAAAGUGCACUGCUACUGCGAACCACUUACCAGGGAAGUGAAAACGUGAGCUCUGAAGUGCCUGCGUCACAGCGGCGUCGGUCAGUCGAAAGGAUGGGGGCCAUGGGAUACGCGUCCACCACCGUCCGUCCGCUCGUCCUCGUUCUCGUUCUUCCUCGCUCCACAACCUGCGUCCGCCGCUACCAUCGGGUAAACUUUCUCCGGCGUGCGGCGUAUGCGGGGGAUCUGGUUCGAAAAGAAAAGAAAAGAGAAAGAGGGUAUCCAUGUGUGAUGUGUGUCCCUUCAACUCCUCCUGUCCGUUUUGUCCCGCUCCAACCUGUUAGGAUUCUCCUUGAUUGGAAGCGCUUUGUUUGGGAUGUAAGGGGUUGCUGGACCAUCAGGAAGGAAGGCAGGUAGGUAGGAUAGACGAGAGAAGGCUCCCCACUCCCCACUUCGUCUUCAGGCGCCUGCCUUGUAUGUACUGUACGUGUAUCCCUGAUUCCCUUAUCCCACGUUUUUUUUGCGUUGAUUCCUCCGGUGAGCAAACGGAAGGUGGGGCGAGGCUAGGGGCUGCACUCUGGGAGGGGAGGGGAGGGAAUAGGAGGGGGGUCAUCGGAACAGAUGGCCCACGGGCAGUAUAAUCUUCUUCUUCUUGCAGUAAGUACGUUGCACGAAUACCUACUUUCCUACCGGCCAUCGGUGUUUCCACCGUCCUUCUCCCAGACGAGACGAGAAGAGACGAUGUACUCUACCAGCCAGCCGUAAUGAGAUGCAAGAAUUGGCAGGUGCAAUGCUUUCCGUGCAUGCAUUGUGACCUCGAUUCUCUCGAUUCUCGGGUGAUUGGAGAUGACUCGUAACUAGUACCCCUCUUUGACCCUAGAUGUCCAGUCCAGUCUACAGCCCACAUCCGUUCACGGGACCUGGACGCCCGCUCAACUGUCUGUACAUAGCCGUGAUGAUGUGGGUGACUGAGUGAGUGCCUGAGCUUCUAAAAGGCAAGAUACGUUCAAGUCUUUUUUUCCUGAAGAACUGGCUCGGAGUUUUUGGUGGUGGUGGUACCGUAGUAGUGUGCCCUAAAUGUUUAGUUGUUGACACUGCACACUGCACCGCAUCGAAGCGCGCAUGCAAAGUAAGAUGCAUAUGUAUGUGUGUGUGGUGUGGAGAUGGGUUGUUCGGAAGCUGACGCCGCCUUUCCGCUGCGAUAAAUGAAUAUUAUCCAUCUUCCGGGACGGAUCCGGCCUCUGUGCUAG